GAUAUACAUUUACAUAAAGUCAAAUUUGAACAAUAUAUCGUCCAUAGCAAGUAUUAUAUGCCUCCUCGAUUGUAUUUUAAUUCCGUUCAUCACUGUUGUGAUUUCUCUCUUUAAUGUGGUCAACAGUCCUGAAAAUGGCCACGCAGAAGUGGACGAUCACCAUCAUUCCCACCACCAUGGAUGGCACGAAAUAGUAGAGAAGGUUGCGCUGUAUGUGAUGACGCCGAUAAUUUCAUUCACGACCAUUUAUAACUUCGUCCAGCUGAAAAACUUCCCCCUACUGCUCAUCACCCUCGUGGGAAUCACAAUGUUUGUGCUGUCGCAUGCGCAUAUUGAGUUCAGCAGCCCAAGUGUAAUGAAUAUAUACAAAAAAAUGCACAUCCCAAUGGCAAUAUUAGCGGCAAUUUUUUUAGUAAGCACAAAUUAUGCAGCGCACCAACUUUUAAAGUCGAAGAACUUACAUCGAUGUUGUAAACACAAAAAAAUACCGAAUGAAUUGGAUGAGCAAUCGUGUAAAGACCACCGUCAUCAUCACCAACACCAUGAUUUAGAAAUGAAUGAGGAUAAUUGUGAUAUGCAUAAUAACACAUGCAACAAUGGUAAUGUUGCCAGUCUUGAAAAAUAUUACAAUAUUGGAUUUCAGCAGCAUAAUGAUCACGAAUUAGUUAGAUUUUUGUAA